AUGAUGGCGACCAUGAGGGGGUCGAUGCGGCAGAGGCUGGUGGGCUUGGCGGCCGUCAGGGCUGUCAGCACCUCAUCUCUGAGUACGUUCCCAAAGCGGGUGAAAAUUGUGGAAGUUGGUCCCCGAGAUGGACUACAGAAUGAAAAGAAUAUCGUCCCUACUCCAGUGAAAAUCAGGAUGAUAGACAUGCUUUCUGAAGCGGGACUCCCCGUGAUAGAAGCCACCAGCUUUGUGUCCCCCAAGUGGGUUCCUCAGAUGGCUGACCACAUCGAAGUCUUGAAGGGCAUCCAGAAGUUUCCUGGCAUCAACUACCCCGUCCUGACCCCAAAUUUCAAAGGCUAUCAGGCAGCGGUGGCUGCUGGAGCCAAGGAAGUGAGCAUCUUUGGAGCUGCCUCCGAGCUUUUCACCAAGAAGAACAUCAACUGCUCCAUAGAUGAAAGUUUGCAGCGGUUUGACCAGGUCUUGAAGGCAGCGCAGACAGCUGGCAUCCCUGUGCGGGGGUACGUCUCCUGUGUGCUUGGAUGUCCCUAUGAAGGGAAGAUCUCCCCAGCCAAAGUAGCUGAGGUCAGCAAGAAGAUGUACUCAAUGGGCUGCUAUGAGAUCUCCUUGGGGGACACCAUCGGCGUGGGCACCCCUGGCAUCAUGAAGGACAUGCUGUCCGCCGUCAUGCAGGAGGUGCCCGUGGCCGCCCUGGCUGUCCAUUGUCAUGAUACCUAUGGCCAGGCCCUGGCCAACACCCUGAUGGCCCUGCAGAUGGGAGUGAGUGUCGUGGACUCCUCUGUGGCCGGACUGGGAGGCUGUCCCUAUGCACAGGGGGCAUCGGGGAACUUGGCCACCGAGGACCUGGUCUACAUGCUGGAGGGCUUGGGCAUUCACACGGGUGUGAACUUCCAAAAGCUCCUGGAAGCUGGGAACUUUAUCUGUCAAGCCCUUAACCGAAAAACCAGCUCCAAGGUGGCUCAGGCCACUUGUAAGCUGUGA